AUGUCUCGCUACGGUGACUAUAGCCCACGCGGUCCGCCCGCAGAACGUUGGACACCCGAACGCUUCGAACGCGAACGCGGGGGCCGCCGAAGCUCUGUUCUCGAAAGGGAUCGCUAUGAAGAGCGUGAUACAUACUCGAGCGUUGGUGGCAAUCGAAGACGUGAUGCGUCUGCCGACGAACUCUAUUCACGAGGUGGGGGUGGUACACAUGAGGACGAUCGCUACUACGACAGGCAAGAGCGCUUCGGACCACCAGCCCGGCAGCCGCAAGGAGGAGGGCGCGAGCGAGAUACGAGAUAUCACGAAGAAGACUACGAAUCUGGGAGGGGCGGUAGACAGACCAGAUAUCACGAAGAGGAUUAUGAGGUUGACAGCUUCGCGGGCAGCCCGACUCGAGGCGGUAGAUCACGCGGAUAUGAAGAUGAUCGGCGCUUUAGUGCAGGAAGACGUAAUCCACCUCGACCUGGAGGUUUGAUACGACGACAAAGCAGCUUAGACACCUUUGAUCGCAAACCGACCCGCCCACGCUAUGGUCCCCCAAGGCCACCAUCACCGCCAGAAAUCAUUGCAGUGCCAGGACCCGGCAGGCAUCGCCGAUCGAGCCCACCGAGGUACGGCUCAAAGGGCGGUUACGAUGAUAUUGGAGUUGCGGAACCUGAUCGAUAUGGUGACGACAAUUUUCAUGGCUGGAAAGAGAGAGAGAUUGAAACAAUACGACGGCGAAGGCGAUCAAGUAGCCCUCGCCCGAGGGAGCGAGAGUUAGAGCGAGAGGAAAUCAUUCAGGAAGACAUAAUUACUGAGCAACCCUAUCCGAGGAAGGGCAGAACGAAGAUGUCAGCACACCUUGUGAAUAAAAGGGCUCUCGUGGAUCUUGGGUACCCCUUUGAAGAAGACUUUACAGACGAAGGACAUUUCAUCAUCAUUCUCAAAGCCCUGAAUAAGGAGCUCAUUGACUUGGUGCUACUGAAAAGCAAAGAGUACAAUGAACGUGGCAAAGAGCGCCUCUACGCUAUCGAAGGUCCACCUCCUCCUCCCAACCGCGGCGAGAUCAUCGAACGUCGCGAAAUAAUCAUCGACAAAGCCGACUCCGAAGUCCCUCGCUCGGUCCGCGAAUGGGACGUCAUGAGCGGCACCGCCGGCGGCGGCGGCGGUCACAGUCACGCUGGCAAGAGCGACCACAAAUCGAAACACGGCGAUCACAAAUCUGAACACCGCAGCGAGCACCUCUCCGUCCACGAAUCCCACCACGGAGGGCGCAGCAAAUCCCGCGGGCGCUCACCUCACGGAAGCAGCCAUACUAAUACCACUAUAAAGAUUUCCAAAUCCCGCGAGCGCUCACAUUCGCCCGAGAAAGAAUUAGUGAUCGAGCGAAAACCAAGUAAAUCUCACAGGCAUCACUCGCGCCAUCGUAGCCACGGGAGGAAGAAGGAGUACAUUGAGGAAGAGGUGCAAGAGGUAGGUGAAAGCAAUAAAAUGCACACCGGUCCCUUGGCGCUUGUACUGCCCACAAGAUCAAAGAGUCGAAGGGGCAGUGAGAGAAAAGUCAAGGAGGAGAUACGGGAGCUGGAGAUUGAGAAGGAGACGUUGAGAAAGGAGCGAAAGAGGCGGGGAAGUCGUGCGAGGAGGAGGAGAGCGAGCUCAAGUAGUUCGAGCAGUAGUAGCGGAGGCGACACAGAGGUUGUGAUUGAGCGGAAGAGCAGCCAUGGUGGGAGGGAGGAUGUGAAGAUUGAGAAGGAUCGGAGAGGUAAGAUGCAGUUCGUUCGUUAA